AUGGCUGAAAUUGAACCAGAAAUCUCUAUCGAUAGUCUUAUAGAUCGUCUACUGUGCUUUCACAGAAAUCGACGCUGUAAAGCCGCUGCCCUUACAGAAGGAGAAAUGAGAGCGUUGUGUCUCAGUUCACGCGAAAUAUUUCUGUCACAGGAGACGCUGCUGGAAUUGGAGGCUCCGCUAAAUAUUUGUGGCGACAUACACGGUCAGUUCGUCGAUCUUCUUCGGCUGUUCGAGCGUGGCGGAUUCCCACCGCAUUCGAAUUACCUCUUCCUCGGUGACUACGUAGACAGAGGACAACAGUCUCUGGAGACGAUAUGCCUUUUGCUCGCAUACAAAAUCAAAUACCCGGAGAACUUUUUCUUGUUGAGAGGGAACCACGAGGCUGCGGGCAUCAACGGGGUGUACGGGUUUUACGACGAGUGCAAGAGACGGUACAAUGUGAAAGUGUGGAAGACUUUCAACGACUGCUUCAACUGCUUGCCGGUGGCUGCGGUGGUAAGCGACAGGAUUUUCUGCUGCCACGCUGGCCUAAGUCCUGAGCUGCGUAACCUCAACCAAAUACGUGAGAUAAUGAGGCCGACAGACGUGCCAGAUAAAGGAUUACUCUGUGACCUCUUGUGGUCUGACCCCGACGGCAGUAUAACCGGCUGGGGCCCCAAUGAAGAGAGGGGUAUUUCUGUGACUUUCGGAGCUGAUGUUGUCGAGCAGUUCCUGCGCCAGUACGAUUUCGACCUCGUCUGCAGAGCUCACCAGGUAGUGGAGAACGGUUACCAGUUCUUCGCACAGCGACAGUUAGUGACGAUAUUCUCAGCACCUAACUACUGUGGAGAAUACGCCAACGCAGGUGCCAUCAUGGCUGUUGAUGAAUCGUUGAAAUGUUCCUUCCUAAUAUUUUAUGAAAGCGGUAGAAAGCUUCGUUUCAUUAAGCACAGAAAGAUGAACACUGGCGGUGCUGUAAAUGAAAUAAAUGAUACAUAA